CAGACAGAAGCUAAAAGAGGCAUCGCAGCUCUGGCUGCGGGGUGGCUGCUGGGGGAGGACAGGUCCUGCUGGAGCCCCGCAAGCUGGUACUUUUGCUGAGAGGUGGCAGAGCAGCCUCAGGACACCACCAUGAUGGAGGAUCACGCACCUGGCCAGGAAAAGCACUUCUCAUCAGGCUAUCCCCUUCAGAUACCAGUCGAUGAUGGAUCGGAUGAGCCUGUUUCUGAAACAUCUGACGCUAAGAGCACCCCAACUACGGAAGAUGCCACAGCACCUUUAGUGGAGGAAGGAGACCACGAGGAUCAGGGUGGUGCGGAACAGCACGGGGAGAUCCCAGAAGGAACCACAGCUGAAGAGGCGGGCGUAGGAGCCACUCCCAACCUGGAGGACCACGCUGCAGGAGAUGCCACUCAAGGUCGUGUUGACAAGGAAGGGACUGAAGCUGAUGAAAAGAAACCCAAGGGCCCGGAGGCGAGGGCUGGCUCCAAGACGGGCGCGGCGCGCGCGGGGCAGGCACAGAGGAACUCCACCAACGCCACCCGCAUCCCGGCCAAGACCCCCACGGCCCCCAAGACCCCUCCCAGCUCCGGCAGAAAGGAGCAGAAAAAGCCACCUCCUGCAGCAGCAAAGACUGAGAAAGGUGAGCAGCCCAGGUCUGGAGACAGGAGCGGCUACAGCAGUCCCGGCUCCCCCGGGACCCCGGGCAGCCGUUCCCGCACCCCCUCUCUGCCCACCCCACCAGCCAGGGAGCCCAAGAAGGUGGCAGUGGUUCGCACCCCCCCGAAAUCUCCCGCCUCGGCCAAGACCCGCGUGCAGCCCUCGGCCGCGCCCAUGCCCGACCUGAAGAACGUCAAGUCCAAAAUCGGCUCCACCGACAACCUGAAGCACCAGCCCGGAGGCGGCAAGGUGCAGAUAAUUAAUAAGAAGCUGGACUUUAGCAGCGUUCAAUCCAAGUGUGGCUCAAAGGAUAAUAUCAAACACAUCCCGGGCGGAGGCAGUGUGCAGAUAAUUAAUAAGAAGCUGGACUUUAGCAGCGUUCAAUCCAGGUGUGGCUCAAAGGAUAAUAUCAAACACAUCCCGGGCGGAGGCAGUGUGCAAAUCGUUUACAAGCCAGUCGACCUGAGCCACGUCACAUCCAAAUGUGGUUCCCUGGGCAACAUCCACCACAAGCCAGGUGGUGGCCAGGUGGAGGUGAAAUCUGAGAAACUGGACUUCAAAGAUAAGGUGCAGUCGAAAAUCGGGUCCCUAGAUAACAUCAGCCACGUCCCUGGAGGAGGCAAUAAAAAGAUUGAGACUCACAAGCUGACCUUCCGCGAGAACGCCAAAGCCAAGACCGACCACGGCGCCGAAAUCGUCUACAAGUCCCCCACCAUCUCCGGAGAUGCCUCCCCGCGCCGCCUUAGCAACGUCUCCUCCACCGGCAGCAUCAACCUGGUGGACUCCCCCCAGCUGGCCACGCUAGCCGACGAGGUGUCCGCCUCGCUGGCCAAGCAGGGCUUGUGAUCGCGGCACGGCGGCCACCAGGAGAGAAGACAAGGAAAGGAAACGAAAAAGAAAAGAAACAAAAAUAAUAAUCUGGCCUUCUUCCUCUGUUCCUUUUACAGCUGCUUCCCCGUCCCUAACUGGUUAAUGAUUUAACCUGCUUUUACUGUUCAUUCAGCUCUAGCUCCAGGACUUCAAAAUCAGUGACACUAUGAGGUACAAAACCUCCUCUCCCCCGCUCCUCGGAGCGCACAGCCCGUCCCGGCCCCGCUCCCUCGCUGUCCCUGCCCGGGCCGCCGGCAAGGCGGGCAGGGGCGAGGGGCGGCCGCAGCACGACGCCGACCCGAGCCCCCGCAGCAGCACGGGGCAGCCGGUGGCCCUCCCGGGAAGGGGCUGUGACCUCGCCCAGCUCGUGUCCUGCCGCGUCCCGGGUGCGCAGCCAGGGCUGCGGGGAGGCGCCCUCCCUCCCCGCGUUAAAUUUGCCUGCUGAUUUGGAAGAAACCUUUUGUUUUUAUUUCCGAAAGCCGAGAUGUGUAUGAAGAUAACGGCCAGGUACCCCCUAACCCGCUCUCAGCUCCGGCAGCUGGAGUUCCGGCGACGCCGGGUGCCCGCUCCGAGGGGCCCGGGCGGCCGUUCCCCUCCCGUGGCUGUGCUGGAACCGCUGAGUGGAUGAGUAGAGGCUUUUCCCCAUUCCUUUGGCAGCCCCUCGUGUCGUAGAGUAGAUUUGUCUGUAUAUGCUUGGACCGUGCCAGGGUGAUUGUUUUCAUAAACGAGCAUGUGUUUGAAAAAUAAAUGCUGUAAGUAGUUUUGAGCUGCCCCACGCCGGCUCCGCGGCCCAGCCCCGGUGCGGUGCCGCAGCAGGAGCCUGCAGGAGGGGCACUCACAGCUCCAGGGCUGGGAUGGCUCCUGGAUUUGGGUGCAGCUUGUGACAUUUUUGGGUUGUUCUUUUUCUUUCCCUGCAAGGUCAGCUCAGCGAUGGCGGAGGUGGCAGCUCCAUGGCUCUGCUGUGCCGGUGGCAGCGGUGAGACCCCGGCAGGACGCGGGGGAGGCGGCAGCAGCUCCCCCAGCCCGGGGCCAGCGGCUGCUCCCUGGCACUGAAGCCCCUUUCCGGGCACUCCCCGGUGUGAGUUGGCAGCAUCUCACCCCCCACACAGCACUGACCACCCCAGCACCACUCGGGGACAGGAGCCAGUCCAGCUUUUGCUUUGGCUGCUUCUGUUCCUGCGGCUCCCUGGGGAGCACAAGGGGGUCCCGGGGCUGUCCCCGCCUGCCCCUUCCCUCUACAACCAAAGAGGCCGAGAUGCCACCAGUGCAGCUGCGUGUCCUCCUGCCCUGUCUCCCCCAGGGCCCCAGCCGAGCUCUGGGGGUUCAGCUGGAGGUGGGAGGGCAGAGGGGCCCCGGUGGGGCUGCAGGGAAAGCCGUGCUUUCCCAGCAAGGUAUGGAAUCCUGGUCCAACAGGGCUGGCAGGGGGUCAGGCCCCUGGUUGUCCUUGGGGUGGUGGCUGGGUGCCACCAAGGCUGUCAGAGCAGCUGUUCCCGGGCAGAGCAGCAGUUUUUCCCUGGGCAGGACCUGCUCCCAUCCCGUGGGAGCUGUGAACCCGCUGUCACCGCUGUCCCUCUGUGGGGCUGGGCUGCAGCAGGCCUGGCUAUGGAUGGAGAUGGUCUGGGGGGGGCCCAACCCUUCUCUCUGCAGCCCCAGGAGCUGCUUUAUGGCUGGGGAGAGGCUGGUCCAGCACCACCAUCAUGUCCAGCUUGUCACUCGCUCCGUUCACUUGACUCCAUGAUUGUAAGGCUCUGUGCUCCGUCCCCGACUCUGUAGCGCUGUAGGAGCCGCCGCGCUUUUUGUCCUUUGUAGAACGAGCAAGUUGGGAGAACCCUCAAAGCAUCACCUCCGUACCCCCCCGGGCUGCAGGACGGGGCAGCUGAGCUCGCCCGUCCUGUGCCACCCCUGUCCCCUCCGUGCAGCCCCUGAGGGACAGCGGCACCCGGGGUGGGAUGCCCUUGGUGCGCUCGGAGCUCCGGUGAGCAGCCCCUUCCUACUCCGAGUGUCCUCAGCCCUGGUCCCCCCGGGGGCUGUGGGGAGCCAGGACAGCCCUUUACAUCCCCCACGUCACCGCUGUCCCCUCCAGCAGCCCGAGCCACGUCCCCUGCCCCGACCCCGCGUUCAGACCCAGGCCUGAGGCUCCGGUGAGCAGCCGGACAGCCUGAGCCCCGGCUCUUCCUUUACUCCACACACAUCUUGGGUCUGAAAAGGGUUAAAACCGGCACUGAUUAACAAAAAAAAAAAAGAAAAAAAAAGAAAAAAAAAAUCGUAUUUCUGCACUCCAAAAGAUUCUGCGUGUUAGCAAAGGUCGGUGCCAGCCUGUGUGGCGUUGGCAGCCCCGCACCGCGCCGGGGAGGGAAGGUUUGAUCUCAGUGUAUCAUUCUAGCUUAGCUUCUGUCUGUGGGUGUCCAUAGUGUAUCGUGUGUUUAACAACUGGUUUACACUGUUGCCGUAAAAGUGAAUUUGGAAAUAAAGUCAUUACUACGAUAA